ACAUGAAGCAAACCCAUUCCUCUCUACACAUUUAAAAACACAAGACCUCUCUUCACCAUUUGCUUCAACACUUUCUUCUCCAAUGGCUCUCUUCUCCUCUCUCAACUUCUCUUUUCUACUCUUUCUCCUCUUCACUUCUUCCGCGUUUUCGCGUUCUUUAAACCCUAAUCAAACGUCUCUUACAAGUUUUUGCAAGAACACACCAUACCCAAAUGCAUGUUUUGACUCCUUGAAACUCUCCAUCUCCAUCAACAUAAGCCCAAACAUUCUCUCUUUCCUCCUUCAAACCCUUAAAACAGCUCUUUCCGAGGCCGGAAAACUCACCGAUCUCCUUUCCGGCCCCGGAACGUCCAACAACCUAGUCGAGGGCCAACGUGGCUCUCUUCAAGAUUGCAAAGAUCUUCACCAUAUCACUUCUACCUUCUUGGAACGUUCAAUCUCCAAGAUCCAAGACGGUGCUGAAGAUUCAAGAAAGCUAGCUGACGCUAGAGCAUACCUAAGCGCUGCUCUCACCAACAAGGACACUUGCUUGGAAGGUCUUGAAUCAGCCUCAGGUCCACUAAAGCCAAAGCUCGUAAACUCCUUCACGACCACUUACAAACACGUAAGCAACUCUCUCUCUGCUCUUCCAAAACAGAGAAGAGCCAAGAACUCAAAAACCCGCGGCGAGACUAAGAACCGCCGGUUACUUGGGCUAUUUCCUGAUUGGGUCUCUAAUAAAGAUCGCCGGUUCUUACAAGAUUCUAAUGACGGGUACGAUGAGUACGACCCGAGUGAGAUCCUCGUUGUUGCUGCCGAUGGAACAGGAAACUUUUCGACCAUUAACGAGGCCAUAAGCUUUGCUCCCAAUAUGAGUAACGAGAGAGUGCUUAUAUAUGUAAGAGAAGGCGUCUAUGAAGAGAACAUUGAGAUUCCAAGCGAAAAGACUAACAUUGUUCUGAUCGGAGAUGGAUCUGAUGUUACUUUUAUUACCGGAAACCGAAGUGUCGGUGAUGGAUGGACCACUUUCCGAUCUGCUACUCUUGCGGUUUCGGGUGAAGGGUUCUUGGCUAGAGACAUGAUGAUAACAAACUCAGCAGGACCAGAGAAACACCAAGCAGUUGCAUUACGAGUGAACGCAGAUUUUGUGGCCUUAUACAGAUGUGUCAUUGAUGGUUACCAGGACACACUUUACACCCACUCAUUUCGCCAAUUCUAUCGCGAAUGCGAUAUUUAUGGAACCGUUGAUUAUAUCUUUGGUAACGCAGCCGCCGUAUUCCAAGGGUGCAACAUAGUUUCAAAGUUACCUAUGCCAGGACAAUUCACUGUAGUAACAGCUCAGUCAAGGGACAGUCCAGACGAAGACACCGGGAUCUCUAUGCAGAACUGCUCCAUUCUUGCAUCGGAUGAUUUGUAUAACAACUCAAAUAAAGUGAAAAGCUAUUUAGGACGUCCAUGGAGAGAGUUUUCAAGAACGGUUAUAAUGGAAUCUUUUAUUGAUGAGUUUAUUGAUGGUUCGGGUUGGAGCAAAUGGAACGGUGGGGGUGGAGUUGAUACACUCUAUUAUGGUGAGUAUAAUAACAACGGGCCGGGUUCCGAGACGGGUAAACGGGUUAACUGGCCGGGUUUUCACGUUAUGGGUUACGACGAUGCGUUUAACUUCACGGCGACGGAGUUUAUUACCGGUGAUGGUUGGUUAGGUAGUACUUCGUUUCCUUAUGAUGAUGGGAUUUAACAUUGUAAUGUUACAAGUGUAUAGGGGUUUGUAUUCACAUAAAAUGCUAAUUAUAAAAAAAUAAAAUAAGUUCUAAAUAA